AUGGAUGGGAUUUUCUCUGCUUUGCUGCUCUCUUUGCUGCUUCUCCUCCAGAGCCAUGGAGUUUGCGGGACACGUCCACAGCCGAGAGGCACCCUGUGCAGAACCAAACCCACCGACCUGGUGUUCAUCAUCGACAGCUCUCGAAGCGUGCGCCCAAGCGAGUUUGAGAAAGUCAAAGUCUUCAUGUCCCGGGUGAUCGAGGGGUUGGAUGUGGGCCCCAACUCCACCCGGGUGGGUGUGAUCAACUAUGCCAGUGCUGUCAAGAACGAGUUCUCCCUCAAGACCCACCAGACCAAAGCAGGGCUCCUGCAAGCAGUUCAGAGGAUAGAGCCACUCUCCACUGGGACUAUGACUGGCCUGGCUAUCCAGUUUGCCAUUAGCCGGGCUUUUAGUGACUCAGAAGGGGCCAGGGUGAGGUCUCCCAAUUUUAAUAAGGUGGCGAUCGUUGUGACCGAUGGACGUCCCCAGGAUGGAGUGCAGGAUGUGUCAGCGAGGGCCAGAGCGGCCGGCAUUGAGAUCUUCGCCAUCGGGGUUGGCCGGGUGGACAUGCACACGCUGCGGCAGAUCGCUAGUGAGCCCCUGGAUGACCAUGUGGACUACGUGGAGAGCUACAGCGUGAUAGAGAAGCUGACCCACAAGUUUCAAGAAGCUUUUUGUGUGGUGUCAGACCUGUGUGCCACUGGAGACCACGACUGCGAGCAGAUCUGUAUCAGCACCCCAGGAGCGUAUAAGUGUGCUUGUAAAGAGGGUUUCACGCUGAACAAUGAUGGGAAGACCUGCAGCGCUUGCAGUGGUGGGUCAGGAUCUGCUCUGGAUCUUGUUUUCCUGAUCGAUGGAUCCAAGAGUGUGCGACCCGAGAACUUUGAGCUGGUGAAGAAAUUCAUCAACCAAAUUGUGGACUCGCUGGAGGUGUCAGACAAACAGGCCCAGGUUGGCCUGGUUCAGUACUCCAGCUCUGUCAGACAGGAGUUUCCACUGGGGCAGUUCAAGAACAAGAAGGACAUCAAAGCAGCAGUCAAGAAAAUGGCCUACAUGGAGAAAGGAACGAUGACAGGACAGGCCCUAAAGUACCUCAUCGACAGCUCCUUUUCCAUCAUCAAUGGAGCUAGGCCUGGGGUGCCCAAGGUGGGCAUAGUCUUUACUGAUGGACGGUCACAAGAUUACAUCACUGAUGCUGCUAAGAAAGCCAAAGACUUAGGCUUUAGGAUGUUUGCUGUGGGAGUUGGCAAUGCAGUUGAGGACGAGCUGAGGGAAAUCGCUUCAGAACCAGUAGCCGAGCACUACUUCUACACGGCUGACUUCAGGACCAUCAGCAAGAUCGGGAAAAAGCUGCAAAUGAAAAUCUGCGUUGAGGAAGAUCCAUGCGAAUGUAAAUCUAUUGUGAAGUUCCAGACAAAAGUAGAAGACCUCAUAAAUUCAUUGCAGCAGAAAUUGGAAGCUGUGGCAAAAAGGAUUGAAGCUCUGGAGAACAAGAUCAUCUAAGAUCCCAAAACAAUGUUAUUUACCCUCCUUCCUAAUGUACCAAAACUAGAACUCCUUCAUGUGUCAUGGAAAGCAGCUCAGCCACAGUACUAUGGGCAGCUUGUGUUUUUUUAAAGAGUCUAGUCUACUUGUAUUUGUUUAAAAGGGAAGAAGUAUAACAGUAGAGCAGACAUAGAGUAACGGGCAGAGCACUGUGUGUGACUGAGCGCUAGACCAUGCUAAUGAUCAUUGCAUCGUAUAGAGUGCAUAUAUUAAAAAACUGGAAAGAUUUGU